CAAAAACCAACUCACAGGCAAACCUCAAGUCGAUACUGACAUGACAGGCUCAACCUUCCGCCUUCGAGUCCGCAACGCCAAGCAGCUCGUGCAAGUGUGCAGCAACAACGAACGAGUCAAGUGUGGCGCGGACCAAGACAGCGUCGCGAUCAUUGAAGACGGCGCGCUGGUUGUCGAUGCGGACGGAAAGUUUGCCUUUGUCGGCACCACUGCCGCCGCCGACGCUUGGAUUCAGGCUCAGCCGCAGCCCGUCACGUUUGAAAACGACUUUGACGCAACGGGAAUGUGCAUUCUUCCUGGUCUUGUGGACGGUCACACUCAUCCCGUGUGGAGCGGCAGUCGAGUGGACGAGUUCGCACUCAAAUUGGCCGGGGCAUCAUAUAUGCAAGUCCAUGCGAUGGGAGGCGGCAUCAACAGCACUGUGCGAUCGACCCGCGCAUCGUCCGAAGCCGAAUUGUUGGGUCUUCUCAAGAAACGACUGGACCGCAUGCUUAAAUGCGGCACGACCGUCGUGGAGGCCAAGAGCGGGUAUGGGCUAGAGACCGAGACCGAGAUCAAGAUGCUACGUGUGCUCGAAAAGGCGUCCAAGUUCCACCCGAUCGACGUCGUGGCCACCUACUUGGGCGGCCACUCGGUGCCCGACGGCAUGACCGCCGCCGAGGCUACGUUGGACAUUGUGCAGAACCAAAUCCCUGCACUCCUCCGCGCGCAGGCUGCUGGCGAGAUCAACCCGACCUUCAUCGAUGUCUUUUGCGAGAAGGGUGUGUUCGAGUACAACGACACCAAGACAAUCCUGCAGGCCGGCAAAGAUGCCGGCCUAAAAAUUAACUUCCACGGCGAUGAACUGCACCCCAUGAACUCAGGCGCGCUAUGCAACUGUCUCCAAGCGCACGCCGCGUCCCAUUUGGAAAUGUUGGACUCUGCCAAUGUCCAAGCGAUGGCGGAGGUCGGCACGAUCGCAGUCUUGCUCCCCACUACCAUGUACAUCCUAAAGCUCCCGAGCCCCCCCGCGCGAGAACUUAUCUCGACCAACGUGGCCGUCGCUCUCGGGUCCGAUUACAAUCCGAACGCGCAUUGUCUGUCGAUGCCACUGACGAUGCACAUGGCGUGCUGCCUCAUGAAGAUGACGAUGAAGGAAGCGCUCGUUGGUGCCACGAUCAACGCUGCUGCGUCCGUCGACCGAGCCGACACCCACGGCAGUAUUGAAGUCGGGAAGCACGCCGACUUGCUUGUCUUGGACGCGCCACAAUGGGAGCACUUGAUUUACGAAAUGGUCGACCCUCCCAUUCAACACGUCGUCAAGAAUGGCCGCUUCGUCGUCUCGGACGGUCGCUUCGUCGCUUAGUGUGAUACAACGAAAUCCAGUACUCGAGUCGCAUGUCGG